AUGAGUCUCAUAACCAAAUCUCUCUCUAUUUCGCUCCUACCCUUAUUUCUCUCCCUCAUCCCAUUGCUUCACAUCAAAGCCCUUGCCCUUGACACAACAUCAUCCUUUAGUCUUGUUAACACCAUUAAUGUUGCUAGCAACGAGACUGAUUUCCAUGCAUUAUUAGCCUUCAAGUCAAAUAUAGUCCUAGAAUAUCAACAGGCCUUGAGCUCAUGGAAUGAAUCUCUCCAUUUAUGUGAUUGGGAAGGUGUCAAAUGCGGCCGCCGACAUGAACGAGUCACAAUUCUUGACCUCACGGCCAAAGGUCUAACGGGCUCUUUGUCUCCUUACAUUGGAAACCUCAGCUUUCUCCGGGAGCUUAGUCUCAGAAACAACACUUUUACAGGUGAAAUUCCAAUUGAAUUAGGUAAUCUUUUUAGGUUACAGAAACUAGAUCUCUCGAGUAACGAUUUUGAAGGGAAAAUUCCAACAAGCAUAUCUCAUUGCUCCAAUCUUAGGGACCUUAGGGUACACGACAACAAUCUAGUCGGAGAGUUCCCAAAAGAACUUGCUUAUUCAAUGCCAAAACUGGUUACGCUCUAUGUUAGCAUGAACAAUUUGACCGGAGGGAUUCCUCCGUCGAUUGAGAAUCUUACUUCUCUGGUAGAGUUGAGAGCCUCUUACAAUCCGUUGGGAGGAAGUAUUCCAGAUGCUUUGGGUCAAUUGAGAAACCUAAAGAAACUUGGAUUGGGUGCCACUGAAAUUUCAGGUACUAUCCCUCCUUCCUUAUACAACCUAUCAUUGCUACAAAUAUUGUCAGUGCCAUCUAAUUAUCGACUUCGGGGUAGUCUUUUGCCAGAAUUCGGUCUCAUGUUCCCUCACCUUCAGGUCCUCCAGCUAUAUGAAAACCAAUUUGAUGGUCCAAUACCGCUUUCAAUAGCCAACUCCUCGCAGUUGGUAACACUCGAAUUGGAUGAUAACAAUUUCACUGGAAAAGUAAGAAACGAUUUCGGAAACUUACAAAAUCUCUCCUGGAUAAAUCUAGGUUAUAACAAUUUUGAAACUACGGGAUCAGAUGGACUUGCCUUUCUUAGUUCUCUGACCAAUUGUAGCAACUUGGAGAAUGUAAUAUUGGAGAAUGGCCAAUUCGGAGGGGUAUUACCGGACUCUGUGGGCAAUCUAUCAACCUCUGUCUAUUACUUGGCACUAGAUAUAAAUCAGUUGUACGGAUCUAUUCCUUCAACAAUAGGAAACCUUGUGAAUCUUGAAGUCUUAGCUUUGAAUGAUAACCUAUUCACAGGCCCGAUUCCCAGUAGCAUAGGUUAUCUAUGUAAGUUGCAAAUAUUGGCAUUUUCAAACAAUAAAAUCUCAGGUGAAAUUCCAAAGUCAAUUGGAAACUUGUCAAUGAUGCAUAAACUUUACUUGGAGACAAACAGACUAGAGGGAGCCAUACCAUCGAGUCUUGGGGACUGUCGUAAUUUGUUAGAGAUACUACUAAAUCAAAAUAACCUUAAUGGAAGCAUACCAAGAAAACUUUUGAUGGUCUCGUCUCUAUCAAUUGCGUUGGAUCUCUCUCGCAACCGUUUGUCUGGAUCCUUGCCACUUGAGAUUGAAAACCUCAAAAAUUUAGCAAAAAUUGAUAUCUCUGAGAAUGAUUUGUCUGGUGAAAUUCCUGGGACUCUUGGUAGCUGCAGUAGCCUUGAAAACCUAUAUUUGCAUCAAAAUUCCUUUCAAGGAUCUAUUCCUUCCUCAAUGGAAUCCUUGAGAGGUAUUCAGAAUUUGGAUCUUUCUGACAACAACUUAUCCGGUCAAAUUCCUAGAUUUUUAGGGACAUUUGCCCUGAAGAAUCUCAAUUUGUCUUUCAAUAAUUUCGAAGGAGAGUUACCAAUGAAGGGUGUUUUUACAAAUGCAAGUGCAAUAUCGGUUGCCGGAAACUAUAGGCUUUGUGGGGGAAUUUUUGAACUUCGACUACCUCGAUGCUCCACGAAAAAAUCAAGAAAUAAGAUGUCUCUUUCAUGGACGUUAGGAAUUGCGGUGUCUUUGAUACUCGUUGGUGUAGCCGUAGUGUUGUCUUUCAUCAUAUGUUUGUUCAAGAAGAAAAGAAAGACCAAGCCUAUAGUUUCAUUUUUGAAAGAUCCAUUCUUGAAAGUCACUUAUGGAGAACUUUUCAAAGCAACUGAAGGUUUCUCUUCGAUGAAUCUGCUUGGUUUUGGUAGUUUCAGCCGUGUGUAUAAAGGUGUUAUCAAACAAAACGGGGAGUUAGUUGUUGCGGUCAAAGUACUUGACCUUCAAACUCGUGGCGCUACCAAGAGUUUUAUGACAGAGUGUGAAGCCUUAAGGAAUAUUCGACACCGAAACCUGGUGUCGAUCAUAACUUCUUGUUCCAGCAUGGAUUUUCAAGGGAAUGAGUUUAAAGCUCUUGUUCACGAGUUCAUGCCAAAUGGAAAUCUAGAUAGUUGGUUGCAUCCUAUUCCGGAAGCAAAUAAUGGGGAACGUGAGUUUGCGGGACUCGAUCUUCUACAAAGAGUAGACAUUGCCAUAGACGUGGCUUGUGCACUCGAUUAUCUUCAUCACCAAUGCGAAAUGCCAAUUAUUCACCGCGAUUUAAAACCGAGUAAUAUCCUUCUCGAUGGUGAUAUGGUUGCCCAUGUUGGAGAUUUCGGUCUAGCUAGAUUUCUUGCAGAGCUCUCCACUCCAAGUACUAGUAGUUCAACUGCAAUAAAGGGAACCAUUGGCUAUGCAGCUCCAGAGUACGGUUUGGGAAGCGAGAUAUCAACUAGAGGAGAUGUUUAUAGUUAUGGGAUCUUGUUGUUGGAGAUGAUAACAAGGAAGAGACCUACUCAUAAAAUGUUUGAGGCAGACCUUAAUCUUCAUAAGUUUGCAAGGAUUGCCUUGCCUGAACAUGUGAUAGAGAUCGUAGACCCUAUGCUCUUAAUCGAGGAGACAAAUGGCGGCAAAAUGAUGGAAAAUCUGAUCUCCCUCAUCAAGAUAGGAUUGGCAUGUUCUAUAGAGUCCCCAAAAGACCGAAUGAACAUAAGUACUGCGCUCCAUGAGCUUCAUCUAGUCAAGAACAAUAUUUUGAAGGACAUGGAUAGAUAAUUGACUAGUCUCUUUAGUCCUUCCUGCAGUUGAAGUUGUUUUCGAUUUCGGUAUUUCAAUGGAUUGCAGAAGUUAGUAAAACCCUUGUAAAAGUGUUAGUAUUUGGUGCGGCCAUUAGUAGUGCCCGGCCACAAGUUGUUAUGUAAGCCUAUGGGCUAAUACUUAUGUUUUUGCACUAGACAACUCUGUAAAUAUUAAAGAUGUUGUCAAUCGAAUAAAUGCUUCCGCAUUUGUUUUCAUAAUAAAGAAACUAUUGAUAUUUUAGAAAUUAAAAAAAUUACAACUAAGAUGUAAAGAUGGCCUUUGGUGAUUUCUUUUCACUAGCCGGUAAUGAUUUCGGAUCGUGUCGGGGGAAGAAGACGAUGCUGGUGGGGCUGUUGAUCCACGGGUUGUGUCGGGGGAAAAAGACGAUGCUGUAUAAGAUGUGUAGCGUGACGGUGAACAAGGAGAGGGCAGUUGCUCCCUCCUUUGUCGGCUUCGGAUUCCGGCCGCGCGUCUUCUAGGCGUGCUGGGUCUCAACGACGAGGGUUUCUGGAGUGGAGGAAAUUAGGAAAAUAUCAUUUAAAUCCUCAGUUUCCAUUUUCCUUGGUUAACCCCUCCCAACUAUGCAAUCUAUCAGUGCAAUAUUUUUUGUUUUUGCUGUGCUUGAUCUGCACUACAGUAUAUACAUAUGUAUAUAUAUACCCCAAAAGAAAAGGGGUAAUAAGGUAACUUCACAACUUCCAUUAACGUCAUUCGGGCAAUUUCAGCCAAUGGUAGUUAAAGGGGGUUAAGUGUUGGAUUUUAUAGUUAAAGGGUGCAAUGUGUGGCCGGGUGGUAGUUAAAGGGGGGGUUAAUGUAAUUUCUCCUAUCUUUUUUUGACGGUUGUGCU